AUGAAAAUGAAGGGCCCCAAGCCCUCCGCCUUUGGUUUGUCUGCCAACAGGGACUGCAUCAGGGUCCAAACCAACGGCUCUCAGGCCGGCGACCCCACUCCCAGCGGCUGCACCCCAGAGCUCCCAGCGGCCUCCAACAUGGGCUGCGGGGCCAGCACGCCCAAAACCAAGGACUAUGGCACCACCACGGCGGCUUCGCACAAGGCCGCAAGAACAAAGCCGGGGGACGCCAAAUCGGAGUUUGACAUCGGCCCAGGCUACAAGGCGGUGAAGCACCUAGGCCAAGGCGGCACCGGAGACACGUGGCACUUCAAAGACUUGAGCAACGGGCGGGAUGUGGCGGUCAAGUUCAUCAAGCGGCCGCUGCCCAAGGUGCUACAGAUCAACAUCCUGCGCGAGUUCUCGAUCCAAGCCGACCUGGGCUACGGCCAUGAGCACGUGAUCAAGGCGUACGAGGCGGUGCUGACCCCCUCGCACCUCUGCCUAGUGAUGGAGAUGGCGGCGGGCGGCAGCCUGACGUCGUAUGUGGCGGACAAGUGGCAGAAGGCGCAGGCGCUGGGGCUGUUCCUGAGCGAGGACGAGGCGCGGUACUUCUUCAAGCAAUUCCUGAGCGCUGUCAAGUACUGCCACAGCCACUGCGUGGCGCACCGAGACCUCAAGCUGGACAACACGCUGCUGGACAGCGGCGACCCGCCCGUCCUCAAGAUCUGCGACUUUGGCUUUGCCAAGACGUGGAGCGAGGAGGCAAAUAUGUUCACGCAGAUAGGCACGCCGGUCUACAUGAGCCCUGAGCUGAUCAACAGCAAAAACGGCAAGAUUGGGUACGACGGGCGCAGCGUGGACGUGUGGGCCAGCGGCAUCCUGCUACUGGUCAUGCUGCUGGGCUCCUUCCCCUUUGACCACACAGAGCACCCCGACCCCAACCCCAGCGAGGCGCACCUGGAGGUCUGGCUGCAGCAGGUGUCCAAGCGGUGGAGGGAGGUGCCGCACAUGGCGGAAGCCAUCAAGAAGCUCUCCCCCGAGUGCAAGGACCUGCUGAACCGCAUCUUUGUGAUUGACGCCAAGAAGCGGAUCACGAUUGAGGACAUCGAGCGGCACCCCUGGUACCGCAAGGGCCUGCCGCCCAAGUACCAGGAGGUGAUGGACCGGCUGGCGCGGCAGCACGCCGAGAUCGAGACCUACCACGAGAUGCACAACAAGCGGGAGGAUGCUGUGGUGAUGCGCAGCAAGGCGCUGGAGGAGAUGGUGGCUGAGGCCACCACGCGGCCCAUGCCCGGCAGCGAGGUGCCCAUCAAGCGCAUCGACCUGCGGGAGGCGGCCGUGCUGGAGGGCGGGGUGCACGACCAGGCGGCGGCAGCGGCGGCAGCCACCGCGCCUGCAUCAUAG